AUGCCGGAGAGCCUCCGAUGGCUCAUCGCGAAUGGUCGGACGCCAGUAGCUACCAAGAUUCUAAGUAGAUAUGAUAGCGGGACCGAACAGCCGACUGAGCUCGUACAAAUCCAGGUGGCCGAAAUUACCGAUGCCAUUGACUACGAGCGCUCUUUGGAAUCGGCUUCUUACCUCCACUUUGGAUUCAUCGUCCAAUGGUGUGGUAACCAGCUCAUUGCUCUCGUCCUCACCGACAUCGGCAUUACCGAUCCUGAGACGCAAAACCUUAUCAAUGGAGGCCUUCAGAUUUUCAACUGGGUCGUUGCCGUCGGAUCCGCCCUCUUUGUCGACCGCCUUGGCAGACGAUUUCUGCUGCUCACGUCCACCAUCGGCAUGUUGAUCGCUUUCUCUAUUUGGACUAUCCUUGCGGCGCGAAAUCAACAGAGUGUGGACGGCAGUAAGGGGCUUGGCAUUGGCGUUGUGGUUAUGGUGUUUGUCUUUUACGCCUUCUACAACCUCGCCAUGAUGCCCCUGCCUAUUGCUUACGUGCUCGAGGUGCUACCAUACACACUCCGCGCCAAGGGCCUUACCGUCUUCAACCUGGCGCAAUUCUGCAGCGGUAUUUUUAACGACUUCGUCAAUCCAGUAGCACUCGAGAAAUUGAGGUGGAAGUACUACAUUGUCUUCAUUUGUGCCCUGUUGUUGUGGCUCUGUGUGAUCUACUUGACUUACCCUGAGACGCGUGGAAUGACGCUGGAGGAGGUUAGCCAGGUAUUUGAUGAUCGGGAAGCGCUUGACAAGUCCUGUAAAAUUAAAGAUAUGAAGCUUGCGGAACCAACCAUACGGAAAAGGUUACCGCGGGAUGAUACAAGGAGUGAGUAG